AUGGCUGAGCUCGACACUCAGAUUGCUUCCAUCUCGGAGCGGAUCAUGUCGCUCCGCGCCGAAAUGGUCCAGCUGGAGGAGCGCAAGGCGCAGCUGCUCGACAAGCGUAACAUGCUCGAGUUCGAGUCGGGCCGCCGCGAUUGGGCCAACGGAAACUUUGACUGGGACGAGCCUGUUCAGGAGGCCAUGGAGUCGGUCUUUGGCUUCUCGGCCUUCCGCUACGUUCAACGCGGUGUCAUCAACGCCACCCUUGCCGGCCGCGAUGUCUUUGCCGUCAUGCCCACCGGCGGCGGCAAGUCGCUCUGCUACCAGCUCCCGGCCCUUUUGGCACCCGGCGUCACAAUUGUCGUCUCGCCGCUCCUUGCCCUCAUCCAGGAUCAGGUCGCGGAGCUCGCUGCUCUUGACAUCGGCGCCGCCGCGCUCGCGGGCUCGAUGAAGGCUGCCGAGUACAAGGCUGUCGUCCGUGAUAUCACCUCGCCCACCGGCAGCAUCCGUCUGCUCUUUGUCACACCCGAAAAGCUCAAGCGCUCCGCCACGCUCAUCGACGUCUUUGAGCGCAUGUACGACGACGGUCUCCUCUCACGGGUUGUCAUCGAUGAGGCCCACUGUUGCUCGGCGUGGGGCCACGACUUUCGCCCCGACUACCGCGAGCUCGGCAUCUUCAAGUCGCAGUUCCCCGAGGUGCCCAUUCUUGCCGUCACCGCCACCGCCACUGUCGCCGUCCGCAAAGACGUCCUCAACAUCCUUCAGAUUCCGCAGUCAGAGGUCUUUGUCUCCUCUUUCUUCCGCCCCAACCUCCGCUACUCGGUUGUGACCAAGCCCGACUCGGCCGCAGACAUGGACGCCGCCCUCCUCGCCACCCUCGCCGCCCCGCCCUGUGCCGGCAACUCCGGCAUCGUUUAUUGCCUCUCCCGGGCCGACACCGAGCGCGUCGCCGCUGUCAUCGCCUCAGUCCCGGGCUCAUCCGCUCUCCCCUAUCACUCGGGCCUCGACGACAGCGUUCGUCGUCGCACACACACCCGCUGGAAGUCCGGUGCCGUCCGCAUCAUCGUCGCCACCAUCGCCUUUGGCAUGGGCAUCAACAAGAAGGACGUUCGCUUUGUCAUCCACCACUCGGUCUCCAAGAACAUCUCCGCCUACUACCAAGAGUCCGGUCGCGCCGGCCGCGAUGGCCUCCCAGCCUCGUGCAUCCUCUUCUACCGCCCCGCAGACAUUGUCCGACAGGCCGGCAUGUGCAAGCACGACAAGGCCAAGCACGAGCAGCUCCUCUCCAUGCUCGAGUACUGUGAGGCUGUCCAGGACUGCCGCGCCCGCUUCAUGGCCGCCUACUUUGGCGACGCUCUCGACGCCCGCUGCUCGCAGUGCGACAACUGUGCUGCCCUGGCAGAUGCCAUCAUCGCUUCGUCGGUCCAGCCCGGUGCCGUCGCUGAGCCGCUCCUCGUCGACGCCACUCCCGACGCCCUCGCCCUCUGCCGCCAGAUCGCCUCCCUCGGCUCGCGCGUCCGCCGCAAGCGCGCCAUGCUCACCGUCGUCCAGGCAGCAAAGGCCUGGCGCCACACUGGGUCCAAGGACAACUACUCGCCGGACAUUCCCAAGCUCACCCGCUUCUCCGAGUCUGCCGCCCAGCGCCUCAUCAUGCGCCUCCUCUCCGCCCGAGUCUUCCAGUUUGCCUGCAAGUCGACCUCCCGCUCUGUCAACGCCUACAUCACCCGCGGCACCCGAUUCAACGCCAUGCUCAACGGCAAGAUGGCCUUUGAGGCGCCUGCUGCCCUUGUUGCCCCCACAACGACCAAGCGCAAGCGGCGCUCGACCGUCUCUGCGCCCACAUCCGAUCCUUUGCCUGACGACGUGCCCCCGCCUCCGGCCAAGCGCCAAAAGUCGCUCGCGCGCAAGGCACCCGCAAAGCGCUCGCGUGCAAAGAAAAAGACAACCCGCAAGCGGACGUCCAAACGCAAGACGUCGCGGGCGCCAAAGAAGCGCAAGCAAGCUGCCCGUGCCUCGGCCUCGGCCGUCGUCGCCAUGCCUGUCACUCGGACGCUGGCCCGACCCGCGCCGCCGCUCCCGUCACCGCUUGCUCCCGCGCUCGCCGCCAACUCGCCGGCCUCGUCAUCUCUGCACGACUCGAUCACCUCGUUCUCCACAGAGUCGGGCGUCUCACCGCUUGUCACGCACCACACACCCUCGCGGCUCCGCCGAGUCUCGUCGAGCUGCAGCCCGCCGCCGCCCGCACAGCCGUCGCACAAGCCCUCGCCGCCCGCUUCACCGGAGCAUGUUGUCAUCGUUUCGUCGCCGCUCCGCCAGGACCCCAUCCUCUCAUCCGACAACGACGAUGACUUUAUGUGAGCUCACCUCCCCUCCAGCCGCGCAAUUGCCCGAAGAAAAUGGGCGUCACCGUGAGCUGACAUCAUUUCCCGUGCACCCCAGAACGCCUCGUUGCCGAGCGCGUUGUUGCCUUGCUCCUCCGCUGCCUUGGGCACAGCCCACUCGUUGACGUACA